CGCAUCGCAUCGAUCAGCUGAUCGCCCGCGCACGUGCGCUCAUGUGUCAAUCGCGUACUUUUUUUAUAUUUUAAAUAUAUAUGCAAUAUAUAUAUAAUAAAUGUAUAUUUAUUAAUAUUAUUAAGUUUUUUCAUUAUCAAAAAAUUAUAGAAAGAUGUAAUCAAAUGCAGAAAAAAAUGGGUUUAUCACAUUGUUGAGUCUCGUUUUUUUGUGUAUAGUUCGUUCUUUUUUUAUUGCAUAUUCUACAUCUUUCUUUUCUUCACUCUAAAGAGCUAACAUAUAUAUAAUUAGCUAUAGUGGAAAGUAAAGUCUAAUUACAAAGUGUAGUUUGUAAUUAAUAAGCACAUUUUGUGUACAAUAUUGUACAUAACCUCUUAAAAUAUACACGAAUAAACACGUGUUAUAUUUUGACACUGUAUUAGUGAAAGAAGAAUUAGAUAAGCAUUUAAUUAAAAAAUAUUUAACGGGAUCAUGUCGACGACACUACCGAUGGCACUACCGCAAAAGAAAUACUAUAGACAACGCGCACAUUCAAAUCCGAUAGCUGAUCAUUGCAUUGAAUAUCCCAUAAAACCAGAAUUAAUGGAUUGGAGUGCCUUGUAUCCACAAUAUUUUUCCAACAAUACUGAGGAAACACAAAAACGCGUAGAGUUUGCAGAUGUUGGUUGCGGCUAUGGAGGAUUACUGGUUGCCUUAUCGUCAAUGUUUCCCGAUAGUCUAAUACUUGGUAUGGAAAUCAGAAUAAAAGUAUCAGACUAUGUUAUGGAUCGCAUUGCUGCCUUGCGUUCGCAAAACCCUGGUCAAUAUCAAAACAUUGCCUGCUUGAGAACAAAUGCUAUGAAAUAUCUGCCAAAUUAUUUCUUCAAAGGACAAUUAAAGAAGAUGUUUUUCCUAUAUCCAGACCCACAUUUCAAAAAAUCAAAACACAAAUGGAGGAUAAUAAACAAAUCUUUAUUAGCAGAAUAUGCUUAUGUGUUAGCGGAAGAGGCGACUGUAUACACUGUAACGGAUGUGAAAGAUUUGCAUGAAUGGAUAGUUCGGCACUUUCAAGAACAUCCAUUAUUUAAAGAAAUUGCUAAGGAGGAUUUGGCAACAGAUCCUGUAGUGGAAAAAUUAUAUGAAAGCACUGAAGAAGGUCAAAAAGUAAGCAGGAAUAAAGGAAAUAAAUUCCUGGCUGUAUUUAGAAGGAUUGCAGAUACUUACAUUGCAACGAGUAGCUAGCAUGAAUGGCAGUUGUAUAUAACUGUAUACAUAUAUUAAUAUCUGACUACCAUUAUAUGGCGAAAGAUAUUCUUGAUCGUUCCUCGUCUUCAGUGUUUGCUGAUCUUGAUGUCAUAUAAAGAUCUUCGUCGUCCUGAAUUAAAAUCCGUGUUUCUAAAACGAAUUAAGCAGCGAUUGAAACAAUUAAAAACUGUUUUGUAAAAAAAAAAAUAUAUUUCGAUAUACCUCGUUCGGCUGUCUUUUUUCUAUUCAUGCCAGAUACUAUGUUCAAAUAGCCUUUAUGUCUGAUGUCUGUAUGUUGAAUUAGAUGCACAGUCUUUAAAGCAAACUCUUGGUGCAGUAUGAUAAAUAACAUCUGAAAAAUACAAAGAA